AGUCCUGGCGCACAGGGAGGGAGCGCUGCGCUGCGCCGGGGCUGCGCAUCGCGGCCCACUUGCCGCUUGUCCCCUGCCCUGGCUGGGCCACCUCCCCGGGCUGCCGGUGGAGGGCUUCGAGGCGCUAACGUUACGCUGUUUCCGGUUUUCCAGAGGGCUCUGUUUCCCCUCCCAAGGCGGCGGCGGCUGAGCGGCGGAGCCCCCCAAAUGGCCUGGCCAGAUGCGGCAGGUUUGCUGCUCAGCGCUGCCGCCGCCACUGGAGAAGGCUCGGUGCAGCAGCUACAGCUACAGCGACAGCAGCAGCAGCAGCAGCAGCAACAACAGCAGCAGCAGCACCAGCAGCAGAAGCAGCAGCAGAAGCAGCAGCAGAAGCAGCAGAGGCAGCACCACCACCACCAGCAGCAGCGAGAACAGCGGCAGCAACAGCGGCAGCAUCUUCCGUCCCGCUGCGCCCCCAGAGCCGCGGCCGCAGCCACAGCCGCAGCCCCGCAGCCCCGCAGCCCGGAGAGCCGCCGCCCGCUCGCGAGCCGCAGCCGCCGGCGGCAUGAGGCGCGACCCGGCCCCCGGCUUCUCGAUGCUGCUCUUCGGUGUGUCACUCGCCUGCUACUCGCCCAGCCUCAAGUCCGUGCAGGACCAGGCGUACAAGGCACCCGUGGUGGUGGAGGGCAAGGUACAGGGACUGGCCCCGGCAGGCGGUUCCAGCUCUAACAGCACCCGAGAGCCUCCCGCCUCGGGUCGGGUGGCGCUGGUGAAGGUGCUGGACAAGUGGCCGCUCCGGAGCGGGGGGCUGCAGCGCGAGCAGGUGAUCAGCGUGGGCUCCUGCGCGCCGCUCGAAAGGAACCAGCGCUACAUCUUUUUCCUGGAGCCCACCGAGCAGCCCUUAGUUUUUAAGACAGCCUUUGCCCCGGUCGACCCUAACGGCAAAAACAUCAAGAAAGAGGUGGGCAAGAUCCUGUGCACUGACUGCGCAACCCGGCCCAAGCUGAAGAAGAUGAAGAGUCAGACAGGAGAGGUGGGCGAGAAGCAGUCGCUCAAGUGUGAGGCGGCGGCGGGGAACCCCCAGCCCUCCUAUCGAUGGUUCAAGGACGGCAAGGAGCUCAACCGGAGUCGUGACAUUCGCAUCAAGUAUGGCAACGGCAGAAAGAACUCACGGCUACAGUUCAACAAAGUGAAGGUGGAGGACGCUGGAGAGUACGUCUGUGAGGCUGAGAACAUCCUUGGGAAGGACACUGUGAGGGGCCGGCUCCAUGUCAACAGUGUGAGCACCACUCUGUCGUCCUGGUCGGGGCACGCCCGGAAGUGCAAUGAGACAGCCAAGUCCUACUGUGUGAAUGGAGGCGUGUGCUACUACAUCGAAGGCAUCAACCAACUCUCCUGCAAAUGUCCAAACGGAUUCUUCGGACAGAGAUGUUUGGAGAAACUGCCUUUGCGAUUGUACAUGCCAGAUCCUAAGCAAAAGGCUGAGGAGCUGUACCAGAAGAGAGUCCUGACAAUUACCGGCAUCUGUGUGGCUCUGCUGGUCGUGGGCAUCGUCUGUGUGGUCGCCUACUGCAAGACUAAAAAACAGAGGAGGCAAAUGCAUCACCAUCUCCGGCAGAACAUGUGUCCGGCCCACCAGAACCGAAGCCUGGCCAAUGGGCCCAGCCACCCUCGGCUGGACCCUGAGGAGAUCCAGAUGGCAGAUUACAUUUCCAAAAAUGUGCCAGCUACAGACCAUGUGAUCCGGAGGGAAGCUGAGACCACAUUUUCUGGGAGCCACUCCUGUUCACCCUCUCACCACUGUUCCACAGCCACACCCACCUCCAGCCACAGACAUGAGAGCCACACGUGGAGCUUGGAACGUUCGGAGAGCCUGACCUCGGAUUCCCAGUCAGGCAUCAUGCUAUCAUCAGUGGGCACCAGCAAGUGCAACAGCCCAGCAUGUGUGGAGGCACGGGCACGGAGGGCAGCAGCCUACAGCCAGGAGGAGCGACGCAGGGCUGCCAUGCCACCCUACCACGACUCCAUAGACUCGCUGCGUGACUCCCCACACAGUGAGAGGUACGUGUCAGCCCUGACCACGCCCGCGCGCCUUUCGCCCGUGGACUUCCACUACUCGCUGGCCACCCAGGUGCCGACUUUCGAGAUCACGUCGCCCAACUCUGCCCACGCCGUGUCGCUGCCACCCGCAGCGCCCAUCAGCUACCGCCUAGCGGAGCAGCAGCCGCUCCUGCGGCACCCAGCGCCGCCCGGCCCGGGGCCAGGGCCCGGAGCGGACAUGCAGCGCAGCUACGACAGCUACUACUACCCGGCGGCGGGGCCCGGGCCGCGGCGCGGCGCCUGCGCGCUGGGAGGCAGUUUGGGCAGCCUGCCCGCCAGCCCCUUCCGCAUCCCGGAGGACGACGAGUACGAGACCACGCAGGAGUGCGCGCCCCCGCCACCGCCGCGGCCGCGCACGCGCGGCGCGUCCCGCAGGACGUCGGCGGGGCCGCGGCGCUGGCGGCGCUCCCGCCUCAACGGGUUGGCUGCGCAGCGCGCACGCGCAGCGCGGGACUCGCUGUCGUUGAGCAGCGGUUCGGGCUGCGGCUCGGCGUCGGCCUCGGACGACGAUGCGGACGACGCGGACGGGGCGCUGGCGGCCGAGAGCACGCCUUUCCUCGGCCUGCGAGCGGCGCACGACGCGCUGCGCUCGGACUCGCCGCCGCUCUGCCCGGCGGCGGACAGCAGGACUUACUACUCCCUGGACAGCCACAGCACGCGCGCCAGCAGCAGACACAGCCGGGGGCCGCCCACGAGGGCAAAGCAGGACUCCGGGCCCCUCUAAGGCCUCCCGCCUCGCCCGCCUCACGUCUCCGAGGAGAGCGGAGACCACCGACUGGAGAGGGAAAAAGGAGCGAACAAAGAAAUAAAAAUAUUUUUAUUUUCUAUAAAAGGAAAAAAGUAUAACAAAAUGUUUUAUUUUCAUUUUAGCAAAAAAAAUUGUCUUAUAAUACUAGCUAACGGCAAAGACGUUUUUAUAGGGAAACUAUUUAUAUGUAACAUCCUGAUUUACAGCUUCGGAAAAAAAAAAGAAACAACAAAAAAAAAAAAGAGAGAUGGGCCAAUUUUUUUGACUCUUUAAUAGAAACCUAUAUUGUGGUGCCUUUUGCUGUACGCUAAUCUGGGGCUCCUGGAGAGCCGUCUGGGGUGCAGUGUGGGGAUGGGCGCUUAUAGGAUCCCAAACUGGUGGGGGUGAGAAAAGGCAGGUAAAGAAGAGACUGUGAGGUUCUAAUGGUUCUGAGGGUAAUGAACAAUGAGGAAGAAGAUGAAGAUAAGACGAAAUUUUAUCUUCCCCAGUCCAGAUCUGGAGUCCUGAACAGAGAGGGCAGGGAUCCUAGCCUUCGAGCUGGAAUUGAGAUGGGGUUAUUUCCAGGAGGAGACACAGGCCUCCCGUUACAGCAACUAGAAUGGGGAAGGUCCUCCCCAGCCCUCACAGCUGCUAAGGGAAAGAGGACAGAGAAGGCUGUCUCCCCACCAGCCCCCCCGCCUAGGGAGGGGGCAGCUCUACCAGGGGCCCAACCUUCAUGGCUCCUCCUCCCCUGCGGCCUCCAGGAUGUCCUCUGUCCUCUGCAGCACCUUCGUUUACAGGUCGUCUUUUCUAUUUUACGCCUGCAUGUCCUUCGCAUUUCAGAUUCUUUAGAUUGAAUGCAUGGUCACGCUGGGACCCGGAAGAGCCACUCCAACAGUGUAUUCGAUUCCCCUUUUAGCAAUAAAGUAACACCAUAUCCUCACAGCCCAGCUCCCAACCCACCUAUGACUUUCAUCUUCCAGUCCUGCCCUCCCCAGCCAGCCCUCACAACUGGAUCCAAUGCUAAUUUGUCAAGAAAAAAAAAAAAAAAAAAAGAAAGGCAGUUGUCUAAAAAGCCAACAAAAAUCCCGAACAGAAACAAAUGGGAGCCCUGACAUGUCCGAGCACCUGACUGUUGACACUUGAACAUUUUUAUAUUAUAAAUAAAAUCAGAAAUAACUCCUGUUUGACUGUGUGUACCUAGCCCCAGGUGAGGAGGGAAGAUAGAAGGAGGGCCUAGGAUGAGGCAUGUGGGUACUGGAAGAAAAAUUGGAUAGGGCCAAGGUAGUCCCCGAGCGGAAGUGACCCUCUCUCCAGUCCCUCUGGCCCCAGCUCCCAGGACCUGCUCCAAGUCUUCCUUCCAAAUCAUUUAUAAGGUGUCCCCCUGGGUGCUAAGGAACCCAGCCAAGGGACUGACGCAAAUCGUUCUGCUUUAAACUCAGCCUCAGAACUCUAGCCCAGUUCCUGCCCUGCAGCGGGAAGCUGGACUGAGGCAACAGUUUUCUGCCCAGGUGGGUGAAGAGGAAAGGGUUGUGGGGUUGGCACUGGGGCAGCGGAGGCAAAGAUGACCCUUGGGGCUUCAGGCAUGUCACAGGCAGAGUCUGGACAUGUAAGACAACAUAAUGGGCACCCUCAUUGCCAGAAGGACCAGAACAGCUGCUGCUCCUGAGCCCACAGGAUAUUGCUCCUUCCCUAACUGUGUACCCCCCUCAGAGCCAGGGCCUGUCUAAACAUGCUGCUUUGAUGGUCUGAUCUCAGGCAUGGAGGAGGCAGAUAGAGUCCAGGGUAAAGAGUCUUUCUUGUCAGCUACCAAGAAUACCAGGAACAAAUAUUCUAGCCAGAGCCUGAAGCCUUCUCUCCAGAGAGGUGGGGUGAAUAUGUGUACGCUUAUGCACAUUCUUGAAGGUUCCAGUGUGGAUCUAGACACUCACAGAGGAGCGUGGCAGAGAGGCAGAGAGCAACGAUAGGGAAAUGGGGAAGCGAUUGUGUAUAUUACGCAUCGCUGUGGCGGUUACACGAGGAUGGACCCAUCAAUUCCUGAUCGAUAUCUAGAAGUCUUGAAGGUAGCAGUGGCAGAAUCCUGUGCCUUGUAACCGUGAAUCACAAAGUGGGAAAAACUUGAUGAGGUGAUUAAGAAAAGUUUAAACUUAUAAAGUCAUUAUAUUUGUUAUGGGGUGCUGAGGGGCACUUAUUACAAAGGGGAAAAAAUGAAAGAAAACUCGCUGGGCUGAAUGUUACACAGACUGUAGAUCGUGGCCUCUCCAGGUGACCCAUUAGAUCUUUUCUGCUGUCUGUUUGCUUUCGUAGGGCAGUAAUCCUUAUGUGGGACCCCAGAUUAAUUGCUAUGACCUCUUGGCGAGCCCACUGAUCUCAUUAUGAUCGAGGUUAAUGUCCUCACUUAAACUCUGUGAGGACUGCAAGUUGUUGCCUUCUAGGUUUUCAUCCAGAAACCACCAGUAGGACUCAAACAACCCCAGUUAACUAUGAGUGACCCCUCAGUGAACUCACCGACCUGUACGGCCCCCAUUUCACUCCCUCAUCAUCUGCCCUGGGCUCUAAGAUAACCAACCCACCAAGAGUCCAAGGCCAGAACUUAACCUCAUUUUUCAUUGCUCCCCUUAUUACAUCAGCCAGCAUUCAAUGGACAGGUAUGGUUGGGACCUGGGAACACGCUUGACCAGAGAGCCCUCUUGACCACCCUGACUCUCAGGUUUUAGCCUUGGGGAGGUUGAGUAUGUGGCCUUUCAGGAAGCACUGUGGUCAUUGCAGGCGACUUCCUUUCCACCACCCUGUCCCCUGGAACACUCAGGACAUUCAGGCAGCUUCCUAGGUCAAAAUUCUCUUCCCCGCUCCCCAAGUUGUUUCUUUACUUUGCAUUAUCACUUUUAGUAUCUUUUCCCCAGUCCCUCUCAGAGUCCUCGGUAGCAAUGGUAAGCACUUCUCCCCUUGUCUCCCUGAUAACGGUGAGACCCAUAAACACAGGGAAUUGGUCUCUUUUACCACUGUCCCCAGCACACAGCAACGGUGUAUGGCACAUGGUUGACCCUCAGUGAAGAGGAUGAAGGCUGUUUGUCAAGAGUUAGGCACCAGGAGUUCCUGAGCCCUGGAGCAAACCUCCCGGGACCUUGUCAGGCCCUGGAUUUGACCUGUCCUUAUGGGCUUGUUAGGGGUGACAGGGAAGAGAAGCAUGAUAGUCUAUUAGAAUGCAGGAAAAAAAUUAGAACUUUGAUUUAGAUUUAUUUUCAUCUCAUCUUUUUUAAAUUUCUAUUUUUGUGUAUGUUUUAUAAUGUACAUAAUAUUUUAGUACAGUAGUACAUGUAUAUAAUUUACAAAUAAAGAAUUAUACAAUUAA